ACUAACACCCAGUGGGACUGCUCUACUGACACGGUACAGACCGUGUGUUGUCGAGCUGGCAGGUGGCGGUGGUGUUGCAUGUACAUCUAAGUUUGUCUUCAUUUCCUGAAGGAUGUCUACCACAGAUAUGCCCACCCAUAUCAUACCUAAAGUGUAUUGUGAUAAAGAUGGCGUCUUCACGGUUGAUUUCACCGACAACGAAGAACUAGCUUGGCGGCACACUACAGAGUGGAAAUGUAUGCCUUCAUCAGGGAAAUGUGAAAUUGUAUAUUCACGAGAAGUGCACAAAUACUUCUGCAAUUUAGUGCAUCAUUUUGACAAUCCUCCAACGGUGAAGUUGGCGAGUUUACGUAACCCUGAACAGAAGGUCAUUCUUGUACUUAGACAUGACACAAGGAAAAGCGCCUUAGGAAUGAUGACUCAACUGACUGAUGUGAAAGACACUGUCGUGACAUUUUUGCAAACUGUGAAAAUACCUGCCGAUUAUAUCAACGUGAGUGUUCAGCUGAACGGAUUGACUAAACCAGCCGAGCAGCAGAAAAGGGGAUUGACUAAACCAGCCGAGCAGCAGAACGGAGGGGGGGCGUGUCUGUACGAGUCGACGCCGGACACUACUAGGAAAUAUACGUCGGAAACAAUAUGGCUGUGUGAAACUGAUGUCGGGUUUAAGGUGGAUGGCGGUGAAACGUCACAGAGACAUUUUUCAAACUUGAAGGGCGCUGUGAGAGAAAAAUACAGGGCAUGGUUGAAAUGUAUUUGGAGCGGAUCUGUUAAAUUCUUCGUUCAUCACGAAACUACACAAGACGCCCUGGAGAUGACCAGUAACUAUGAGGAAGUCAUGGCUCUGAUACUUACGUGUCUCCAGGGGAUAGAUUCUACAGUGAAGGAAAUCCAGAUGGACGUCCAGCUGCAAGACUUCAUAGAUCCUCCUUCACUGCCUGAACAUGGCGACCAGAAUCAGAGAUACGUGGACAAACAGGAACACGACAAAGAGGUAAAGGACCUGUCAGAACAAGUGGCAACAUUGACGCUACAAUUACAGAAGAUGAAGGAGAAGGAACGAGCACAACUGGCAGACAUGCGGCUGUCAAUGUGGAAGACGAGGCCAGGUUCUCCUCAGCCCUCAGAAAGCAGUGGAAUCUUCACGGUACCAGACACAAUGACAGAAGUUGGUGACGAGGAGUUUCAGGAUACCACAGCCUGGAGCCAGAUGGAAGCACGGAGACCUGGACCUACACCGAAGUCUGAUGUACCCGCCACGAUCAGAGAGAGGGACACACGGAAGUCUGGAACCCCCUCCAGACCUGACACACGAGCGACACCGACACUCGCACGGAGAGACGCCGGGGCAGACUACGACCUCCGUGACGCCUGCAGGGAGGGGAACCUGGCGAAGCUGAAACGGAUCCUGGCCACAGGUCAGGCUGACGUCAACUGUAGAGAUGUGAUCGGGACGACACCGGUUAUGGAGGCAGCACGUGGGGGACACAGGGAUGUGGUGGACUUCCUUGUGAGUCGAGGUGCUGAUGUGUCACUGGUUGACAAGAACGGUAACAACAUCCUUCACUGGGCCUGUCGGGGAGGAGACAGGAAGACAGUGAAGUUUGUCCUGUCUCUGGACGGGGUGGACAUCAACGCCAGGAACAACAACGGGAAGACAGCAGCCGACGUGGCGAGAGACUGUGGACAUCAUCAACUGUCGGAUCUCCUGGUGUCACGUGGUACACAGUGAAGUGAAUGUAGUGUUGAUGUAGACAGUGAUGGAGGACAUGUCGUUACUGACACUGACGUUGUGCAUGCCGUUCACGUCGUCGCGUUGUUUAUAAUUCAGUAUGAAGGUGAGAAUAUUUGUUGUGAAAUAAAACUUGUUGAGAACA